AUGGGCCUGAGGGAUAUCACUGGUGUUGAGGUUGUGGAUUCACCGCCUCUUGUUAGACGUGCUGAUCCACAUAAUUUGCCGUUUUUUGAUAAUGCGUUUGAUUUAGGGUUUAGUGGGUAUUUGGAUCGGGCGUUGUUUAUGGAUAGAUACGUGGCGGAAAUGGAGAGAACGGUGAGAUUUGGUGGCGCGUGUGUGGUGGCUGUGGAAGAGUGCGGUGGUGAUGAAGUGGAGCAAGUGGUGAAAUUGUUUAGGAAAUCUAAGGUGUUGGGGGUGAAGAAUGUGACUAUGGGUGGAGAAAUAAGGACUAGAAUUGUAUUGAGAGUUGUAAGUGACUGA